AACCCUAGAACCCAUCCAGUAUUAAAAUUGGUUAUAGCUUACUCUCACUUUGAGCACGCGCCUCUUCAUCCUUAUUACUCUCUCACUCUUUCUUCACCGUUUUGUGUCGGCCUCCUCUGUUCUCUCUCGCUUCCUGGAUUUCAAAACCCUAGACCCCCUUCUCUAACUUCUAAUCGAAUCGAAUCAAGAGACUAGGAUGAUUGCUUCCACAGUGCAUCUUGGAAGGAGUCGGAUCUUGUGUUAAUUUUCACUUACAAACUCAACCAUCAGUUUAAUCUUUCUAUAUCUUUAGAUGGAUCGACGUGAUACUUCAGGAUUUGUCAGCGGGGGUGCAUUAUACUCCUGUCAACACAUCUAGCCCUGACUGUGUAGAUAUACGUCUCCAUUUUACCGGGAGUCAAGCAGUCUGUUUUGUUGAAAUUCGUAAAUAGGAUUAGAUUUUGUUUCUGCUGUGGUUUCAUGGACGCAAAGUUCCAGCACUUGGGAUUUGCCACAAAUCAUUCUGCAAAUGCCUUCAAGAUUUUGGGCAAUUCUUCUAUGCAAGUUGAACGAAGUGGAGUUGAUUAUUAUGAUACAGAUACCAUCUUACGACUUGAUUCCCCUGGUGGUUCAAUUUUUUCCUGUGUGCCCUCUUCUAAUGGAACAAAAAGGAAGUGGGAUUUAAUUGAUGGAUGUAUGGGUCAGAGAAUUGACUCUUCUUUGUCACUUGGGCUGGGGCGUUCAACUAGUUCCUCUGACAGCAAGGGUAGUUCAGCUGCUGGUUGUACUGCUAUGUCUUCUGCCAAAGAUAUUGAUGAGGAAUCAUCUAUGGAUAUUGAGCUGGAUUUUGCUCUCCAUCUUGGCUGUGAGAAGGUACAGAGCCUGAAGAAACUUGUUAGUUCAAAUUUGAAGACAUUGGAGUCGCAGCCAAACUGUGAUUUGGAGUUGAGCCUUUCCACUGGGCCCUGUGAGUCAGAUAUCACUAGUGUUCAUCUAAAUCCAUCACCUCUUCAAUUGAAUAUGGAGAUGCCACUGGCAUUCAGUGGGACACAAAAUACAGAUGAGGGAUCAACAUCUUGUAGUUGGAAGCCAGGGGUUGUGUUGCCAUCUUCAAAGACAUCAUCAACAACAGACGCUAGUUUUCUUUUAAAUCAGGCUUCAAAGCAGUUUGAUCAUGGUCCCAUUGUUUUGGAUCUUGAGUCAACCAGACCAAAAAGUUCAGUUACUUGUACUUCCGGGUUAACACAGCAGCAGCCACCUCAUCGUCACAUCAAUUCUAAGACAUGUCAAGUUGAGGGAUGUGGAAAGGGUGCCAGAGGUGCUUCUGGACGAUGUAUAUCUCAUGGUGGGGGUAGGAGGUGUCAGAAACCAGGGUGCCACAAAGGAGCCGAGGGUCGUACUGUGUACUGCAAGGCCCAUGGAGGUGGUAGACGAUGUGAAUUCCUUGGCUGUACAAAGAGUGCAGAAGGACGUACAGAUUUCUGCAUUGCCCAUGGUGGUGGCCGGAGAUGUUGUCAUGAAGGUUGUACCCGGGCUGCCAGAGGGAAAUCUGGAUUGUGUAUACGGCACGGUGGUGGCAAGAGGUGCCAGAGAGAAAAUUGCACUAAGAGUGCUGAAGGUCUGUCAGGUCUUUGCAUCUCACAUGGUGGAGGGCGUCGAUGCCAAGCUCCUGGCUGUACCAAGGGUGCACAGGGGAGCACAAUGUUUUGCAAAGCACAUGGUGGCGGAAAAAGAUGUACUGCAUCAGGUUGCACAAAAGGUGCUGAGGGUAGCACCCCCUUUUGCAAAGGCCAUGGUGGAGGAAAACGCUGUACCUACCAAGGUGGUGGAGUUUGCACUAAAAGUGUGCAUGGAGGUACCAACUUCUGUGUGGCACAUGGGGGUGGAAAGAGGUGUGCUGUACCAGGCUGCACUAAAAGUGCUAGAGGAAGGACUGAUCAUUGUGUUCGCCAUGGUGGAGGCAAGAGAUGCAAGUUUGAAGGGUGUGGAAAGAGUGCACAAGGCAGCACUGAUUUUUGCAAGGCACAUGGGGGAGGCAAAAGAUGCUCUUGGGGCCACCCUGGGUCAGAAUAUAGCACCCAACAGGAUGGUCCUUGCAAUUCAUUUGCAAAGGGGAAAACAGGGCUGUGUUCACUUCAUAGUGGACUAGUGCAUGAUAAGAGGGUUCAUGGAGGUGUUUCAUUGGGAUCUGUUAUUCAGGAUCCACAUUCUAGUAAAACAGAUGAACUUAAGCUAGUACUUGAAAGCAAAAACAUGGAUGUGGAUAUAAUGAAAAUAGGUAGUGCUGCUCUUAGAACCUGUUCUGACUUUAAACUAUAUGAAGUUGCAAGUGCUCAUGUUUCAGCUAAGGAAGGUGGCCACUUGCCAAUGUCAGUUGCUGUUCCUGAAGGCAGGGUGCAUGGUGGAAGUCUGAUGGCCAUGCUGACGGGUGGUUCUGGCCGGGGCUCAAGCAAUGGGAGAGGUCUAGUUAGUGAUCCAUCUAAACCAAUUGAAGGUUACACUAUGCCCCAGAAUUGGAUUUAAUGCUAGUUAUCUCUUUUUUGUUGUCAUGAUCUCCGUAGUUAACAAAUUUUAUCAGCAUGUCACAUUGUUACUCCCUUCCAUGUAAGAUUAUUGACGAUUAGUUAGUGUCAUCCGUACAAAUUGAGAGAAUAACCAAUCGAUUGGUAAUCUCAUGGAUGGGACAUAUAUAUCAAUGUAGGAUAUUGUACUUUGAUUAGGUGGUUGGUCAUGUUCUUUUUUCCAUUCCUCCCCUCCCCUUGUAAAUAUUACAUCUGAUGAAACGAUUAGCAGGUUGUGAAUACAGUUUGCUACCCGUAAGGUCUGUCAGUGUGCUAUGUAUUCUAUUUAAUAAUAAAACUUCGCUGACAUCGUAUUUUUAUGAGUGC